AUGACAUACAAUGCUGUUUAUGCUAGGUAUAGCAGUCUCGAUUCUAGGAAUCUUGACCUGGUAAACGACUACGCAGGAAGAGAAAUUUUCUGCUUAAGAGGCGAUUCUCUAGUCUUGGAGUGUCUUGAUGAUUUUGCGUUGGAUUUUGAAGAUGGAUUCCAAUUACUUCAUGCCGUCUACAUGGUUGAGAGACUUCUGUCGAAACUAUUGUCUACGAAAUGCAACUUCCACGUUAUCUUCUUCGACGGCCUCUCUUCUCUCGCCGCAUCCAAAGAUAUCUACCGCUCAAAAUACAAGCUAGCAAGAGAAGUCAUCUACCAGCACCUGAAGACGUAUCUCCAAAAGGUGAACCCCGACGUUCAAGUCCACCAGUUCCCUGCUGUAGACUCCCAAGAGUUUCAGCAGCACAUACGAACCUACAGCGUUUAUUUUGCCAUGUGUCAUAAUGGAGCGCUGCGGAGGCAUAAUGUCCCGUCUGUUGAGCCGAUGCUCAAGGUUAUUGCCAAUAUCAUGGAUCUGGGGUUGGAUGUUGCGGUUAUCAACGAGAUUGAGUGGAGAGAUAUUAAGGUCAUAACGAAGGUGAUCCAGGCGAGUUCCUUAAGACCCCCUGCGGAAAUGGCCGAGGGAAAUAUAGUGGAAGAGGACGCAGCCACGACCUCAGUGGCGGCCACGGAUGAGCCAGAUUCGUUUUCCGAAUGUACUCAGAGUUUCCAGAGCCUGGCAAUUUCUGUCGGCGACAACCAGGAAUUAAACAUGUCGAUGAGAGAAGCACUUAGCCUUUCUGCGCUCUUGCGUCUUCUCAUGGAAACCCCAGACGAAGAAACAAAGUGCAUGGCUGGUAGGAACCCCGACCUGGGAUCUCAUAAUGCUUUUCUGGAUAGAUUCUGUCAGGCUGCAAGCGCAAUUCUACGGAGUCUCGAGUGGAACGAUGCUACCAAAUGCAACUGGGAGAUUGACAUCUAUGACCUUGUUGACGGCAGGGUUCUUCGCUCGUGUGCUCUCAAUACUGCCUGGACAGAUAGAGAGGCCGAUUUCAGCAAGCAGUUCGGCUAUAGCUAUAGCACGAUCUUGAAGUGCUACCAAGAUAUCUCUGAAUUUGCCCACAGCCAAUUCAACCAUUUGUCUGGAGACAAAAACAAAAUCACAGAACCUACCAAUGAUUCAAAAGCCAGCAUGGCCUUGCUGCCCUUCCAGCACAAAGUCUUCGACAGCCAUCUGGCAAGUGUUCGCGUGGCAGUCGAUGACUCACAUAUAGAGACGUACAAAAACGCCAUACGUGACGACAAGCAUUGGCACAACAAGAAGCCACUUGGCCCAAAACGUCUCAUAAAUCCACCGCAGCAACCCUAUACCAAGUGGCGCAAUCCAAACAUAUGGAACCAACGCCGCUUUCGCGACAUGGAAAAAUAUGCAAAGAGUCUCACCAAUGCCAAGGGAAAUGCUCUUGAACCGCAAUCUGUUUUUCUCCAGAACUGCGCAAGGCACAACCCAAGGAAAAAAUUGCUGCCAAAGAACGAGAAGAAUAAAUUAGCGAAAGAAGAGCCAUCGUGGGUUGAUUCCUGGAAGAAGAAAGUCAGGGAAAUAGAGGCCAUGGCACCCCGUCUUCAGAUUGAAGAGUGUCAGUCCUACAUCGAGAAGCUCGACAACCGGAAAGGGAAUUUUCUGGAACCCGAAGCACGACUAUAUCUUCUGUCGCUACUGAUUAUCCAGUACCAAGGCUCACGCGCGACUGAAGAGCGUGUGGCAUUGGCAACAGAAACCUGGAACCAAGUUCGAAUUCUCUGUCAGAAAGUCGCUCGCAUGACUCUGCAAUGCUACCAAGAGUUUCAAAGUCUGUGCAAAAAGCUGCAAGUACCGGACAUUCCACACAUGCUACAUUGCGGUCCCUUUAUGGAUCGUCAGACUGGCGCAAAGCCAGACGAACGGGUUUCGUUUGAGCCGGAUCAGUGGCAGCGUGAUGUCCUUGAUGAACUGGACAAAAACAACAGUAUAUUUGUCGUGGCACCAACAAGUGCUGGUAAAACCUUUACCAGUUUCCAUGCUAUCUCCAAAGUUCUCCAAGAGGAUGAUACCGGAGUGUUGAUCUAUGUUGCCCCAACCAAAGCGUUAGUCAAUCAGAUUGCCGCGGAAAUCCAUGCGCGGUUUAGGAAGACGUAUCCUCGCAAUAGUGAGCAGUCUGUGUGGGCGAUUCAUACUCGUGAUAUACGGUUCAACGAUCCGAUAAAGUGUCAAAUAUUGGUGACUGUUCCGCAUAUGCUUCAGAUUAUGCUACUGUCACCGGUCAAUGCCAAAACUUGGGCCCCUCGUGUCAAGUGUAUCGUCUUCGAUGAAAUCCACUCGAUUGGUCAAGCUGAUGAUGGACUUGUAUGGGAACAGUUAUUGUUGCUCGCUCCGUGCCAUAUCAUUGCCCUCCGCGACAACUGGCUAUCUGUGACGCAGAAAUCCCUAGGCACUGACUUGAAGCUUGUCCAAUAUGGGCAGCGGUACUCGGAUCUUAGGAAGUACUUCUACACUCCACCAAAGAAGGUCGACUUCCAGGGGCUUUCUCGAGCUAAACAUAAGGGAUUACUCGAAUUUGAGCAUGUACAGGGUCUGCAUCCCAUACAUCCUGUGACUAAAUUUCAUAAUGCACAGCGUCAGAUGACAGAGGACCUAUCUCUCGAGCCUCGAGACUGCUACGUUCUUUGGGAGUCUAUGGUCAAGCAUUCAUCUGCUAAAUUCCCCGUCUCCGAAACACUCCGCCCAGAAAAGUGCAUGUCUUCGUCCAUUCGGAGGAAUGAUGUUUUUGAGUGGGAACGACGUCUCAAAAGUCACCUGGCUACUUGGAUGAUGGAUCCACAAUCGCCGUUCAACAAAGUUCGGGAAGAGCUUGACUCGAAAUUCUCUUCAUUCGACCGACCUCCUAAGAAAACAGCUACAAUGGAAAAAGACGAUAUGUGCUCCUCCGUCUUCCCAAUCCUUGUCAACCUACAUCAACAAAAUGCAUUGCCAGCAUUGCUCUUCAACUACGAGCGAAUGACCUGCGAGCAAAUUGCAGAGUCCAUACUCAAGAGAUUGCUCGAUGCAGAGACAGCAUAUAAAGAUGGCCCAGCUUGGAAGAAGAGAAUGACAGAGUACCAAAAGUACCAGACAUUGAAGGAAAAGAAGGCUCGCGUGGCAGAGGGACGGAAACCGGACGAGUCGAAUCCGGAUCCCGCUGAUUAUGAGCGGCAUACUUUCGAUGGUUUUGAUCCUGAAAGGCCGUUGGAACAGUUCUCCUUUGCCGGAAUCCGUGGACAAGACUGGGAGGAACUCAAGGACGAGAUCUUCAAACUGAAAAGAUUCAAUGUCAACCCUAUCCUUCUCGAAGCUCUGACAAGGGGUAUUGGUGCUCAUCACGCGGGAUUGAACAGGCGAUACCGUCAUCUGGUCGAGCACCUAUUUCGUCGAGGUUUCCUACGCGUUGUGGUAGCUACCGGGACCCUCGCGCUGGGUAUCAACAUGUCCUGUUCGACCGUCAUCUUCUGCGGCGACAGCCUUUUCCUGACAGCGCUGAACUACCGUCAGGCAUCAGGAAGAGCGGGAGGUCGGGGCUUCGAUCUUCUCGGAAACGUUAUCUUCCAUGGCAUAUCUUUCUCCAAGGCGUACCAAUUGAUAAGUUCACGACUGCCCGACCUGAAUGGCCAUUUCCCCAUCACAACCAGUCUGGUGCUGCGUCUGUGUAUUCUUCUGCAUAAUUCUGAUGAACCACCGUAUGCGGUUCGAGCUAUAAAUUCUUUGCUUGCACAGCCAUGGUUAUGCCUGGAUGGUGUGGAUUCAAGGGACAAGGUGCUCCAUCAUCUCCGAUUUUCUAUCGAAUAUCUGCGUCGUCAGAAACUUUUGGGACGACACAGAGAGCCUAUCUAUCUCGCCCGCAGUGUUGCUCACUUAUACUACACCGAGAACAACGCUUUCGUGUUCCAUGCUCUCCUUCGCGAAGGAUAUUUCGAGACUGUAUGCCGUGCCAACCGAGGGAAUACCAAACAGAAACUGAGAACGUUGAUGAUUGUUCUGGCACACCUCUUCGGACGCAAAACUCUCAGAAAAAAAUACGAAACACUUCUCGAGAACAAGGAAGAUAUCAGGUCUCCAUCUGCAGUCAAGCUUCCCGACAUUCCACCCGAAGCCGCCGAAGUCAUCCACAAACACAACGACGAAAUCCUCAAGACAUACACCGCCUACGUCUCAACAUACAUAGACCAGCAUCUCCAAACGCCCGAAACCAACCUUCCUCUCACAGGCCUCUCAACCCUAGGCUCCUCAUCCCCGAAUCUCUAUCGCUCCCCAUUCGUCGGCCUCUCAGGCCAUAGUGACGAAUUCAUUAGCAUCAGAUAUCUUUGCAGUACCGUCCGUUCCGAAGCUUUCCUCGAAGAAAGCGUCAUUCCUCACCUGAGUGUCUACCCAGACAACGGCAUGCCACCAUUGAACGCGUACUUGUACGAUUUCUUCUGCCAUGGAAAUUUGCAGCCACUCGAGGUUGCAAAUCACAUCUCGAGGUCUGAUGCGUGGUUUUUGUUGAACGACUUUUCGCUAAUUCUGGCAACGUGUAUUGUGGCGUUGGAAUCGUAUCUUGAUCCGAGUUUUGAUGAAAGAGGGAAUGUUUUGGAGCCGAUGGGGGUGGGUGAUGAAGAGGGCAAUGAUGGAGGAGAGGACGAAGAGGGGGAUGGUGAAUCUGGCAGCGAACAAACCAAGAAAGAACCCGUCGAUACUAAGAAGUCGUCUUCGAAGCCAAAGUCCAAGCCCACUCCUAUCCGAAAACUCAAUGAUGACGAGGAAGACGAUGACGAAUUGCUCGAUAACUGGGACGAUGGCAGUGAUGCCGAAGAAGAUGAGGCCGAAAGUGAUAAUUCCGAGGAGCUGGAGGAAGAAAAUCUAGUGGUCUCGAAAGAGGUCCUGAAGGCGUUCAGGGAGCUGAAGAUCGAGUUCGAUGAGAAAUUCCAUGCUAUUUUUGCGUGA